AUGCAGGCGAUGAGCGCCAGCGCGGGCGCACCGCGCGCCCCGCAGCGGUCGCCGUUCGCCAUCCAGGAGUUGCUGGGGCUGUCGGACGGGAGGGACGGGCGGGACGGGCGGGAGCGCUACGAGGGCGAUGGGCAGCAAGCCCGAGACGGCCGCGGCCACUUCGCACCGCAAUUCCCGCUGCCGGCGUCCGUCGCCAGCCGUGUGGCGUACGCGGCGGCCUUCAACGCUCAGGCAGCAGUCGCCGCCGCCUUCUUGCCCGGCCCACCUUUACUCCACGCGCCGCCCGGCUUCCAGACGAGCAGAUUGCACGGGACAAAAGCGAGUUCGCUUUGUGACGGCAUAAUUAGCGCGUGUGGCGGGCGCUUUGUGGCGCGAGCGGCUCGGGUUACGCGCGUCCCGGCCCCUGAGGUAGAGUCGCAAUUGCCAGUUCGAAUCUGCGCUCCUGAUGCUGACGUGUGGGUAGAGAUAGUUGAUUCUGACUUUGGCAACGUUACCGUCAUUCAGCCCGCCGGCGCUUGUGACUUAGGUGGUGACAGGGCGCGCGGGGAGUGUUUUCGCGUAGCUUAUGGCGUGCGGUCUAAAUACUUGACUUCGCUGGAAACGAACCAUCGGAGAUCCAGCCGCGUGGACCCACCGCGGACUAUACCUGGGUCCUACGCCCUCAAAGUGGAGAGAUUUGUUCAGCAAUUACUCGCGUCGCUAACAGCGGCGCGAGGCGCGGAGAGGCUCCGAGAGGUGCGGUGGGUGAGGGGGGGGUGGGGGGGAGGUGAGAGCGUGCGGCUCGACACCUCGGCACAAAGCGACAGCCGCCAC